AAUAAUCCGAGACUGUCUUUCGUUUAUGAUGGUUUACGGUUAAGGUCCCUGGUUAGUAUGUUAUAUGUAUUUUGUCGUCGUCGUUUCGCAGUAGGUAGAGGUCCGCCUCAGCGAAAAGGAAACAAAACAGUGAGAGUUGUUUAUAUACAUUCGAAUAAGACGAAGGCGUCUCUUUCCCCCGAGGCAGGGGACCCGACGCAUACAUUUCGAGCGUUAACGCGGCCGCUUUGAAAUCAUGGUGGGAGGUGAUUGAAGUUUAUUAGCUAGCGGACAGGUGGAAGCGAGCAUCGUUAUAUUAGAGCACAUUGUUAGUUUACGAUCGUACUCCGGUGCGAUCGGUUCCACGGUGUCGACCUACUUCCGAUUUAUUUCACGUAUGUCCAUCCUGCCUGAACAAAGUGUAUUCGUAUGUGAAAAGUUUUCCUUGCGGCUGGUUUCCUUUCUAACACGCAUCUCCGAAAUCAGACAAGUUACAAGGCACCGAAGGUGAAGGGGCGGCUCGGCAUGGCGAGCCGAUUAUGGAGAGCGUUGUCCAGGAGGCGCAUCGAUGAAAACCAGGAUAGCAAAGGCGAGCUGGCCCGUGUUCUCGGCCUGUUCGAUCUCACGGCACUUGGCGUUGGCUCGACCCUCGGCCUCGGCGUCUACGUUCUCGCCGGCAGCAUCGCGAAAGAGACGGCCGGUCCAGCCGUUUGUAUCUCCUUCCUCAUUGCUGCGAUCGCUUCCGCAUUCGCCGGAAUGUGCUACGCAGAAUUCGCUUCCAGGGUUCCAAAGGCAGGAUCGGCGUAUGUCUAUAGUUACAUAACAGUGGGAGAAUUCGUCGCUUUUAUCAUAGGAUGGAAUCUAAUUUUGGAGUACAUAAUAGGUACUGCGAGCGUGGCACGGGGGUUGAGCAAUUAUUUGGACGCGUUACUUGGAAACGUGAUAGGCAAAACGUUGCACGCCGCCAUGCCGAUCAACAUUUCGUUUUUAUCCGAGUAUCCUGAUUUCUUCGCGCUCCUCGUGGUGCUGCUUCUUAUGAUUUUGCUAAGCGUAGGAGUCAAAGAGUCUUCCAUUUUGAAUAACAUUUUCACUGUUGUCAAUUUGAUUACCAUCAUGAUAAUCAUUGUGGCGGGAUCUAUGAAAGCUGAUCCGUCGAAUUGGAGAAUACCAGCAGAGGACAUACCGGAGUCGGUGAAACACGCAGGAUUAGGGGGUUUUGCGCCCUUCGGCAUAAGUGGUAUAAUGAUCGGCGCGGCCAAAUGUUUUUAUGGUUUCGUGGGAUUCGAUGCAGUGGCAACCACCGGGGAGGAAGCUAAAAAUCCUCAGAAGAAUAUACCUAUAGCAAUCGUUGUGUCUUUGAUUAUCAUCUUCAUCGCCUAUUUCAGUAUCUCCACUGUACUAACUAUGAUGUGGCCUUAUUACGAUCAGAAUGCCGAUGCACCAUUUCCUUAUGUGUUCGAUCAAAUUGGGUGGACCACUAUUAAGUGGAUCGUUAAUAUUGGAGCAGCGUUCGCAUUAUGUACGAGUUUAUUGGGCGCAAUGUUUCCAUUGCCGCGGAUUCUUUACGCGAUGGGCAGCGAUGGGAUAAUUUUCAGACAGUUUGCCAGUGUGCACCCCAGAACCAUGACGCCUAUUUUCGGCACAGUGAUUGCCGGUUUAUUCACAGGAGCCAUGACACUUAUAUUUAAUCUUCAUCAACUGAUAGAUAUGAUGUCCAUUGGAACGCUGUUAGCGUACACGAUAGUGGCUGUGUCGGUUCUAAUAUUGAGAUACCAAGGGAAGGACUGCACCUCUAACAAUAAUCAUUUAGCAACGAUGAACGGUUACGAAUUGACGCCAAUUCAUAUCCUAAAACAGAUAUUCAAUUUGCACAAUCAAAAGGAGAUAACUGAAACGUCCACCAAAGUUGCAAAAUAUGGUAUUGCGAUGUUAUGUGUUGUUAUAUUUGUUAUCGCGUUGUUCAUUAACAACGUGGGCGCAGAUGCCUUUGGCAAAAACGUAAUAGAAACUGUGAUACUAGUCGUACUUGUGAUAAUAUUAUUAUUAAAUUUAGCAGCUGUCGCGAGACAACCUGUCCAGGAGGUUGACAUAGCAUUUAAGGUACCAUUAGUGCCACUUUUACCGUGUUGCAGUGUUUUCAUAAACCUAUAUUUAAUGUUACAACUGGAUGCUUUUACGUGGAUUAGAUUUUCCAUAUGGUUGCUAAUCGGUUUUAUUAUUUAUUUCUUUUACGGUAUAUCUCACAGUAAACAAGGGGAAAGAGAUAAAAUGGAGGCUGAAAUGAUGAAAAGGAAAUACGCGGAUCAAGUUAGAAUCGUAACUAGAUUCUAACAGCGAACAUUGCACUAUGUGAUAUGUCUGGUAUUAAUGUAUAAAAAAAUUUUCUCAGAGAAAACCAUAGGUAUUAUCAAGAAGUGAUGACCACUACGACUUUAAAAUACGAUUAAUAUAUAUUAGUCGUGUUAGCGUGUCGUUAAAAAAAGGAGGACAUUAACAUUCCGACUGUAUAGAACAUUUUUUACAUAGCAUUACUGCAAUGCAGAAUAGUUCUUAUCAUGAAAAUUUAAGACGCCAGUAAAAUGCUGGCCAUUUUACAUCGGUACAAUGCAUAAAUUAUUGCGAGUCAUUUUAAGUAUACUCAACAACAUUGUAUUCAGUGAAAACGGAACUCUGACCUACUGUGUAGCGUAUGAUGAUAUUGUAACAUCUGUUUGUUCCUUUUUAUAUUUAUAUACGAAAACGUGUUGAUACAAUGUACAUAUUUCUUAAAGAAAUUUUACUACGUUUAUUGAUUGUUUAAGUGCUAUUUGCACUGAUGAAAUAUAUUGUUUUAUAUUA